AUGGGCGACCAACUUUCCGGCCAAGAUGUAAAUGUGGAUAUGUACUUGGCCACACGCAAAGGACGAUUCGAUCGAAAGAUUGCCAGAGGAAAGUCCAUUGCGCUUGAGUACAUGACGAAACCAUUUCCCACAGGGCCCAACCCUGAGCGCCAACGGCUACACAACAAGCCAUUGUCCGAGGACCAGCCGCAUAUCUUCAUCUCGCAUGCCCAGUACAUUCUCAACGCGAAAAGAAGCUCCCUGCUUGGCAUGUCGGCCACCCUCGUCGAAGGGCCUGUCACGUAUGUUGGCGCGGCCAUUGCCCACGGCAUGGGCCUCCCCGGCCCUCCAGAUCGAAGUGGUAUCGCGAUCCUGGUCGACUGCAACCCUGCAACAGAGGCAUCCGAGAACGCAUUCCUGGCACAAAGUCAGGACAGCAAUAUCUAUCUUACAGGUGUCGACCUGGCCCAUUGGCCAACUCAACUGCUCAAGACCAGCAUCAUUCACAUGGCCAAGACUCUCGACGAGAUGGUGGCUGAGAUUGCGGCCUUUGAAAAGUGCCGCUACCUGUCGAACCAGACGAUACCGGCUCCUCGCAUCGUCUGGGAAUACAUGCCCCAACCUGGCCCAGCCGCAGACUUGAUGGCUCGACAGCAACGCGUCAAAACCGUCAUUCAGCGUCACAUUGAGGUCGUUUGCAUCAAAUGGGAGGAUUUAGUCAAGCUUUUCCCGAGAAGCGACGAUCUCCCCCAAACCCAAGAGGCGGCAUUGCCCGAUUUCGCAAGGGCUGUGACGGAGAUGCACGCCGACGCCUUGACGGACUCUCGCACCACUAUGAUUGUCUCCUGCGGCCAGCACGGCUACUUGUACUUUGGGAUGGAGGAUGUCUCCCGCUGGUAUCCACCCUACCAUGAACCGGCCGACGUGGUGGAUUCAAGGUACUCCUUCAGCGCGUUUGUUGGCGGUUUUGGUGUUGCCUAUGCAGCCGAAAGGGGUGUCGUCGCCGGCAUGAUCUGUGGCAUUGUUGCCGAGAGCUUCUGCUUGGAACAAUGCGGCCUUCCCGAUAUCCGUCCAAGCGUAUUGGAAAGGCGCAAAAGGAAGCUCCGCGUCAACGGGCGCGAUGCUGGCUGGCGCGCCAAGGAAUACAUCGACUUUCGCAAGGUAGACAAUCCGAUGUAUCUACUAAAACUCUUCUACAGCAUAGACGAUGAGCCACCCGAGCCCCAGGGUGCCGUCGCCUCAUAG